AUGGAAGUCGCCAAAGGAAACGCAAAGGCUACAAAGGAGAAAGAACAUAUAGGGAUGAUCGAGAGAAAUUUACAGAAUGAAGACGUGUUUGAAGGUGCGUUUCAUGCUCGGCCAAGAGAAAUUUCUGAUAACAAAUCAGAAGAUGGCAAACAGUGGUGUGGUGUUUGCAAGAGAAACAACCACAUCGAAGCCGACUGUUGGAAGACACAGAGCUCGGCUAAUUGGCAAAGAAACACGAGAAAAGCUCAUGUGAUGAAGAAGACGUAA